AUGAUUUCCCACAGUAAACAUUCCAGCAGCUCCACGUUGGCGCGUAAAAAGCAGCUGGAAUGGGAAGCAGCUCGAGCUAAAGCUGAAAUUGAAAAGCAGCUCAUUGAAAAGAAACUGGCCGCUGACAUCGCCGCCUUGGAAGUAGAAAGUUGCAGAAGUACCAGAAGCCAACACUCGUCGGUGAACUCCAACACCAAGAUAGAACAAUGGUUAGAUCGCAGUAAUCUGGAUGCACCUGAGCGCCCGCACUGUGGUGGGUCGCUAACGGAGGUGCCGGCAGUGGCCGCGCCAACCGACAUCCAGCAGUUGACCUGCGCUCUCAGAGACGCUAUCACCACUGGAGUCCACACGAGCAACCGGCAACUUCUGUCCCGAUUGAGUACUUCAAAAGACUUACCUCAGUAUUACGGCGAUCCUUUGGAGUGGCUCCAGUUCCAUAAAUCGUACCAAGAAUCCACAGAGUUAUGUAACUACACUAACACGGAGAAUCUGUGGCGUUUGAGAAAGUGUCUUCGCGGAGAAGCGAAGGAUGCCGUGUCCUCUAUGCUCAUCGGCAACACCUCACCUGAUGUGAUCAUCGAGACCUUGGCACUUCAGUUUGGAAGACCAGAAGUAAUAAUAACAAAGAUAGUCAACCAAUUAAAAAAGAUAGCACCGCUACCACCUGCAUACCACAAUGAAAUAGUGACCUUCUCCACCAAAGUGAGAAACUAUGUAGCAGCAGUGCAGGCGAUACAGCAGUCCGAUUACCUACGGAGUCCGGAAUUAAUGACAACCGUGAUCUCUAAGUGUCCUAGUGUUCUUAUUACCAAGUGGGUCGAUUAUUCAUUUAGUCAUUCAUACGAAAAUAGAACCAAAUUGGAAUUAUUUGCCGAGUUUUUACACAUCGAGGCGACCAAAACGGCAACCGCCGGUGUGAGCAACAUAUAUAGUCAUUCUGAAAAUAAAAGAAGACACGAGACUGAAUAUAAAAAACCGAAUAAAUAUUACAAUGUGCAUACAACAGUCGAACAUGUGAUGAACACCUCGACACCAGUGAAUGUUUGUAAAUUCUGUAAUAAGAGUGAGCAUCGAUUAGACGAAUGUACUCGCUAUAAGCGAGCGAUGCGCCGCGACCGCUGGAAUUUCGUAAAGGUAAACAAACUUUGCUAUAAAUGCCUAGCGGCCGGCCACCACAGUGAAACGUGUAGAGCGGACAACUGUGAUGUCGACGGGUGCCGGCAGUCGCACCAUAAAUUACUGCACUACGUGAAGUCGCCACCUGCAAAUGAGACAAAAGAGGAAGAUAAACCUGUGGAGACCGUCGCACAUACAUAUGCACAAUUAAAACCUAAAGUGCUACUGAAAGUGGUACCUAUAACCGUGCACGGCCCGAAACAGAGUGUACAGACGUACGCUCUACUCGAUGAUGCCGCGACCAUUUCACUGAUAGCGGCCGAUAUUGCAGACAGCGCCGGACUCCAGGGGCAGACUACAACUAUGCGCGUGGACAGCGCAUGGGAUGCUGGGCACCUUACGUAUUCAGUAGAGAAUGUGAAGUGUAGUGUGUCAAAUAGUGAUGGUGUUCGUUUCAAUUUAAAUGUUUGCAAAAUGCGAGAACUUAAUCUCCCAGUGUAUAGCGUGUCCGGUCUUAACGUACAAAAGUAUAAACAUGUGCGUGAAAAUAACUUUAUACCUAAGUACUCUAGUGCUAUAAAACCUAAGUUAUUAAUAGGUCAAGAUAAUUAUCAUUUAAUUGCACCGCUCGAAUGUUAUGGUAGUAAAAAUGAGCCUUAUGUAACAAAAACACAAUUAGGUUGGUGUGUACAUGGAUCUGUCUAUAGUAAAAAUGAUGUAAAUAAUUCCUCAGUUUGUUCGUUAUUGUAUAAUAAUAUAAAAUGUGAUCCGAGUAGUGUAAGUGGGUGCGAAGGUAUGUAUGAGGGUGCGUCGCCUAGUGUUGGUGUCCGUGACUCGUUAGCGCGCGAGUGCGGCCCUGUGCGCGCUUCGCUCAGCCCGUCCGUCGCCGCCAUCACCGCUCAGGGACAAAGGUCAGUCGAUUCAGUGCAUUAUUGUACCUACAGUGAUAUUUUAUUUCAAGAUGAAAUGAAACGUUUCUUUUCGUUAGAAACAAUAGGUAUUUCGAAUAUACCACGACAGAAUGCGAACGAUUUGAAAGCUAUUUCAAUAUUAGAUAAAACUGCUAAUCUCAUCAAUGAACAUUGGGAGGUAGGGUUGCCUUGGAAAUCCGAAACCUCAAUGCCGGAUUCAUAUCCAAAUGCCUUGAACCGAUUGAAGUCUGUCGAACGAAAAAUGAGUUUGAAUAAUGAGUACGCGCUACGAUACAGAGAACGCGUAAACCAUUUGCUCGUAAACGAUUAUGCUCAAGAACUUGUACCCGGUAAUCAAAGUGCACAGCGAGUUUGGUACCUACCGCACUUUGGUGUAGACAAUCCUAACAAAAAUAAGUUAAGAUUAGUUUUUGACGCAGCGGCCACAUGCAAAGGUUAUUCAUUAAACGAUUAUUUAUUGCAAGGCCCAGAUUUGUUGCAAUCUUUAUUAGGUAUUAUGAUGCGAUUUCGUGAGAACCCAGUAGCGGUAACGGGAGACAUAAGAGAUAUGUUUCUACGAAUUAAAAUUAAACCAGAGGAUCGACACGCACUACGGUUUUUAUGGCGUGAUAACCCUAGCGAUGAAGUUAAGGAAUAUAUAAUGACUUCGCUUAUUUUUGGCGCGAAUUGUUCCCCAUUUAUUGCACAGUAUAUAAAAAAUAAAAACGCUAUUAGAUUUGAAUCCGCGAUGCCGGAAGCUGUAAAAACUAUUUUACAAAGUCACUACAUGGAUGAUUGCAUUGAGAGUUUUGAAAAUAUCGCGAUUGCUAUAAAAGUAAUAAACGAAGUCAUAUAUAUACAUAAGAAUGGAGGUUUUCAUAUACAUAAUUGGAUAAGUAACUGCGAAGAGGUCAUGCAAAAUAUACCGGAAUAUGCCUUAGGUGAUAAAGCCGUAAGGUUCAAAAUUGAGAAUCAGCCGGAACGUACACUUGGAUUAAUGUGGCAUCCCUCUAGUGAUACGCUAGCGUUUGACGUAUCAUUGAAACGUAUCUCGGAGGAUAUUUUGAAUUUAGUGCGCAGGCCUACUAAACGAGAAGUACUUAGUAUAGUAAUGUCUAUAUUCGAUAUUCACGGUAUGCUCGCUCCAUUCACAAUUAAAGCAAAAAUAUUAAUGCAAUUAAUAUGGAAAUCCAAUAUUAAAUGGGAUGAAAACAUCACAGAUGAUUUAUACAAUUUAUUUUGCAAUUGGUUAACUCAGUUACAAACUAUUGAAAGCAUUUGUGUUCCGAGAUGGUACUUUCGUACGUCGACCGAUGGUUCAAAUUCCUGUGACAGCGGACGUAACUUUGCCACUUCAAGUCACGUGACCGCGGUCCCCGCUGAUUGCCUACCGACGCGCGCGCUAUGCGAAUCCAAUCCGUUCCAGCUUGAGUUGCACAUCUUCUGCGAUGCUUCGCCUGCUGCUUACGCAGCCGUGGCCUAUAUCAGGAGAGUAUCGCGCGACGGAAACAUAUUAAUAUCCUUUGUUGCAAGCAAAAGCCGUGUCGCACCUGUGAAACCAAUUUCCGUGCCAAGACUAGAGUUGCAAGCAGCACUUCUAGGAUGUCGUCUUUCUGAAACUAUACAGCGCGAACAUAGAUUUAAAAUAGACAAGCGAUAUUUUUGGACCGAUGCGUCCACAGUGUUACAUUGGAUACGAAAUAACACACGAAAUUACAAAACAUUUGUUGCGAAUCGCCUAGGUGAAAUUGAUUCGCUGUCAAAGAUGAAUGAAUGGCAUUAUGUACCUACACAUUUGAAUAUCGCGGACGUAGCUACUAAACAGAAUAAUUAUGUAUUAAACAAUGAAUGUGAAUGGUUUAUUGGCCCUCGAUUUUUGUAUUCCACUCGCGAACAGUGGCCAUUGGAGCCUGAUAAUCUAAAUAAAAAUGGUGACAAUGAUGUAGAAAAUGUACAUGCUGUAUGUAAUAUAAACGAAAGAGUAGACUUACCUGUACCGGAUCCCAGUCGGUUCUCGAGAUGGUUGCGUUUGCUGCGUAGUACUGCAGCUGUACUAUUGUUUACUGAAAAAUGUAAGAAAAGUAUUAUAUAUACAAAAAUUGACCGUAGAUUACUGGACCGUGCCGAAGUGUUGUUAUUGAAGUAUUCGCAGGCUGAAUCCUUUCCCUGUGAAAUAGAAGAUACUAAUCAGAGCAAAGAAAUAAAUAAAAAUAGUAGAUUACGUACCUUAACUCCUUUUAUUGAUGAAGAAGGAUUGUAG